AUGGAAAGACACACCAUAUUAGGAUUUGUGUUGCUUUUCUUGUUGUUGUUGGGAAUUGCCCAAUUAGGUUUGUGUGGAAUAUGCAUUGAAUCAGAGAAGCAAGCUCUUCUCAAGUUCAAAGCAUCUAUUUAUGAUUAUCCAUAUAAAAACCUUUCCUCCUGGAAUCCCAAAACCAACUGUUGCCAAUGGGAUGGCAUUGCUUGUCACAAUGUUACUGGUCAUAUUCUCAAACUUGAUCUUAGUUACUAUUCCCUACAAGCUACUGGUGUUGAUCCAUCUUUGUUGGAGUUGCAACAUUUGAUUUAUUUGGAUUUGAGUGGAAACAACUUCAAUGCCAUCUCGAUUCCUGCCUUUCUUGGUUCUAUGGGGAGGCUGAGAUAUCUUUCUAUAUCUGAGUCUAAUUUCACAGGGAAGAUUCCUACCAAUCUUGGUAGAAACCUCACAGCAUUGCAGUUUCUUGAUCUCAGUUACAAUGAUUUGCACAUCAAGGACAUGAGUUGGAUCUCUAAAAUUCAGUCUUUGCAACACCUCGAUCUAAGUAGAGUCUACCUUGGAGAAGCUCAUAACUUAUUCCAGGUACUUCACAUGCUUCCUUCUUUGUCACAACUCCAAUUAGAAGAAUGUGGACUUGGCAACUUGUCUGCUCCUCUUUCCCCGUUCAAUUUCACAAAUAAUACUAGAGUUCAGGUCUUGAAUCUGGCUAAAAAUGAAAUUGAUGGCCGAAUCCUUCAUGUGUUUCAAAAUUGGACUUUUGUUGAAUCCCUUGACCUCCAUGUCAACAAUCUUAGUUCAAUGCCAUUAUGGCUAGGAGAGUUUAAGAAUCUGGUUUCUCUUGAUCUUUCAAUUAAUGCACUUUGUGGACCCAUUCCUGUUGCUUUAUCGAACUUGACUUCCCUUGAAUAUCUUGACCUUUCUGCAAACAAUUUUAGUUCAGUUCCAUCUUGGUUGGGAGAGUUAAGGAGCCUUCGCCAUCUAGAUAUCUCUAGGAAUCAAGUCACAGCCACAGUAGAAAUUUCUGUGUCACAACUUUUAAAAAACAUGUGCCAUUUGCAAAUAUUAUAUCUUUACAGCAGCAAUCUUCAAGGACAAGUAUUAGGUGACUCUGAUUUAUCUGGAUGCAUCAAAUAUGAUAUUGAGGAACUGGACUUGAGUCGUAAUGGACUCAAUGGCCAUUUGCCAACUUGGAUAGGGCAUCUUGAAAAGCUAGUGUACCUUGAUCUUUCAAAUAAUUAUAUUUGCGGCAAUAUUCCUCACAGUUUUGGUCAGCUAGUAAAUCUAAGAAGCCUUUAUCUAUCAUCUAAUUCUUUGAGUGGCCUCAUUCCUCAAAAUAUUGGCCAACUUGUAAAUCUAACAUACCUUUCUCUUUUUAAUAAUUCUCUUAGUGAUAAUUCUCUUAUGGGUAACAUUCCUCAAAGUCUUGGUCAACUUUCAAAUCUACUUCACCUUGAUCUUUCAGAUAAUUCUCUUAUGGGCAACAUUCCUCAAAGUCUUAGUCAACUUUCAAAUCUACUUCACCUUGAUCUUUCAGAUAAUUCUCUUAUGGGCAACAUUCCUCAAAGUCUUGGUCAACUUUCAAAUCUAUAUGACCUUGAUCUAUCAAAUAACUCUUUUAGCGGCAAUAUCCCUCAAAGCUUUUGUCACCUUGUAAAUCUAAGUAGCAUUGAUCUUUCUCAUGACAAUUUAUCUGGUGAAAUUCCAAACUGCUGGAGAGAUACAAGUCAAUUGAGGGAAAUAAAGUUUUCAUUCAACAAAUUAUCUGGUACCUUCCCUAUCUCAAUCGGCAAGCUUUCUUCAUUGUUCUGGUUGCAUUUGAACAAUAACUGUCUUGAAGGGAAGCUUCCAUUGAAUUUGGAAAAUAUGACACAAUUGAGAAUUUUAGAUUUGGGUGAGAAUAACAUUUUUGGAAGUGUACCACCAUGGACUAGCAACACUUUUCCUACACUGAUAAUUCUGAGGUUGCGGGAUAAUAUGUUGGAUGGUAACAUUCCUUUACAUCUAUGCCAACUCCAAUCCUUGCAUAUUUUGGACCUUGCAAAUAACAACUUAAGCGGCUCAAUACCCCAUUGCAUUGGCAAUCUUACAGGAAUGACAAUAAAUAGUACACGUAUAUGGAUUUCAACUGAGUGGAACAUUGACGCAGAAGUUCAAUGGCCUAAUCAACAUGUGAAACAAGUUAUGAAAGGAAGAGAGUUUGACAUUAUUGGAAUCCUGCAGCUUGAGAUCAACUUUGAUUUGUCAAAUAACAAUUUGGUUGGAUCAAUUCCUAUUGAGUUAUUCUCCCUUGUCAAAUUAAUAAGCUUGAACCUUUCACACAAUCAUUUGAAAGGAGAGAUUCCGGAGAUUAUUGGGGAUAUGAAAUCCCUUGAAUCCUUUGAUAUCUCUCACAACCAAAUUUUUGGCACAAUUCCAAGGAGCAUAUCCAAGGUAACUACAUUGAACCAUUUGAACAUGUCAUACAAUAACCUUUCAGGGCCAAUUCCGACUGAAAAUCAAUUCUUGACUAUGAAUGAUCCAUCCAUUUAUGUUGGCAACCCUUAUCUUUGCGGAAUCCCACUACCAAACAAGUGUCAAGAUGAUGAUCCUCAUCAAGUUCCUGAAACUAGAGAACAUGAAGAUGAACAUGAUCCAGAAAAAGUGUGGUUUUAUUUUGUUGUAGCAAUUGGGUUUGCUGUUGGCUUUUGGGGUGCUAUUGGGACUUUAGUGCUAAAGAAGAGUUGGAGAUAUGCUUGUUUUCGAAGAGUGGAAGAUGUAGCAGAUGAGAUAUAUGUGUACACUUCAAUAAAAAUGGCAAAGUUGAAGAGGCUGCUAACAACCCAUGUCCAUGGUUGAUCUUUGUAGCCGCGUGUAUCGUUGUUAUCUCCCUUGUUAUUAGUGUUAUGUAAUGUUU